AUGCGCUCCUACGUACAUACUGUGUACUACGGAACUUUCAUCCACCUGCCACGUAUCCCAGAUGAGCCUGCCACACCUACUUCACCGCCUACGCAUAAGUUGUCAAUCAACCAUGGUGCUCUAUGGGUUUCGGAGACGGGGGGAAAGAUUGAGGGAUUUGACUGGGGAGUGAAGGAUGAGGAGGGUUUAGCGGAAUUGGUGAAGAGGAUGGGAUGGAGAGUGGAAGGCGAAGAGAGGAAUAGUGAUGUUCACGGAAUUGCGGAUGAGGAUGGCGAGGGCGAAUUGGUGAGAGUUGUUAAGGCCAGUAGAGAGAGGAACGGGUUCUUUUUUCCGGGAUUUAUUGAUACUCAUAUCCACGCUCCUCAGUAUCCCAAUUCUGGUAUAUUCGGCUCUUCCACCCUCCUUGACUGGCUGGAAACCUACACGUUCCCUCUUGAAUCAUCCUUCGGGAACAAAGAAGACCCUUCUCAACCUCCUCCAAUCGCCCACACGGUCUAUAAUCGUGUUGUCUCCCGAACCCUUUCCCACGGCACGACUUGCGCCGCUUACUAUGCCACCAUUCACGUCCCAGCCACCAACCUGCUGGCCACCAUCUGCCAUAGGAAAGGCCAGCGUGCCCUCAUCGGCCGCUCUUGCAUGGACAGCCCCGCCACUUGCCCAUCAUACUAUCGGGAAGAAUCCGCAUCUGCUUCCUUGUCCGCAACAAAAGCCACAAUCGCCCAUAUAAACAGCCUCGACCCAACACACGCACUUGUCCGACCCGUUAUAACGCCUCGCUUUGCCCCCUCCUGCACGCCAGCCGCCCUGUCCCAGUUUGGCCCCCUUGCGGCCUCCGCAUCGCCGCCAACCUUUAUCCAAACUCACAUAUCCGAAAACCUCAACGAGAUUGCCCUCGUCGCACGACUUUUCCCUUCCUCAAAGUCAUACGCGGAUGUCUACGACUCCGUGGGUCUGCUAACCCCACAUACCAUCCUCGCACACGCGGUGCAUUUGUCGCCGGAUGAGCGCGCACUCAUUGCGAAACGCCGGUCGACUGUCGCACACUGCCCCGCCUCCAACUCUGCCAUAUGCUCUGGCCUAUGUCCUGUUCGCGAAUUGCUAGAUGAAGGUAUCACUGUGGGGCUUGGCACGGAUGUCUCUGGCGGCUGGAGCCCGAGCGUGUUGGAGGCCGUUCGGCAGGCGUGUCUUGUCUCACGGCUGCUGCAGUUUCGGAAACAGGACGCCCAGGCCCAGGCAGAUGCGAAAGCGGAGCCGAAAAGUGUGCCUGGUCGUGAGAAGAUUAGCGUUGAGGAGGGAUUAUAUCUUGCUACGCGUGGUGGGGCGAGGGUUGUCGGUAUGCAAGAUGCCAUUGGAGGGUUUGAGGUCGGCAUGUGGUGGGAUGCGCAGAUGGUGGAGAUUGGGGAAGCGAUUGAUGGUGACGGUUGUACGGACGUUGGGAAAUCUGGGGAAGGAUAUCUCAGCAAUGUGGAUAUUUUCGGGUGGGAGUCGUGGGAGGAGAAAAUUGCGAAAUGGGUAUGGAGUGGAGAUGAUAGAAAUGUCAAGGCUGUGUGGGUUGCAGGGAGGUUGGUGCAUGAAAGAGCAUGA